GAGAGCUGUACACUUUCGCUUACUAAAUUGCAGGGCCAUGAUGCUGACCGCUAGGGAAGCCUUCAUCCGGCAGUGGAUUGAUCACGAUUGAUGGUGAUGCACUUGUGCUGCUAAUCCUGCUGCGUUGUAGCGAGACGAAUGUGCGACUGCAGUUAAUGUGCCAUUUAGCAUGGAAUAUAAAAAAAAAACAUCUUGGCGCGUGUCUUGUGUUUGGUAGCAGAAUUAUUUUAUUCACAGUGGGUCAAUAUAAGUGCAUUAUUUAUCAACGCGCAUAACCAAGUUGUACGUCUAUUAUAUUUAAAUAAAUUGUGCACUUGGGACAAGAAAACAUACAACAGAUUGUACAGUAUUUUGUUUAAAAGUUUGCUGGCGAUGCCAAGUUCGUUACUUUGUACCGGACACUGCAGUUACUGCACGUUGAUGAACUUUACUCUGCAGGUUUUAUUCAAGUCUUCAGCACGCAUUUAUCAGAAAUGUACACAGAUGAAUCUGAAGGUAUGUGCGGGAACUUUCAAACAACGCAGUUCUGACUUUGGUCAGUCGAAAAAAUGUUUACGGGGUGGUCCAUUUUUCUUUAAACGUAUAUACAGUACUAUAAUCUGUAUCUUGCAGUCCAUGUUUCAAAAUAUAUAUCCCCUCCCCCCCCCAUUUAGAGUAUCAUUACCUGUCCUAGCCUGCAUUUUAAGCACUUGCAGAAACUCGGAGUGGUUGAGUUCAAUGCCAAGACCUGUCGAAUGAUCAGUAAGUUGGAGGCUGAGGUUCUCAUCCGCUCAUUCAGAGACCACAAUGUCAUCACAUCAAUGGCAUCUCGACUGCAGCUGCAGAAACAGCAGGAUCAAACCCACGAUGGAGCGCCAGCUGUAGACCCGCGUGUGAAGGCAGCUCGCUCCACACGACCGCCAGACAGCCUGGGAAGUGGCCAGCUGCUACCUGAAAGUGUUGGAUUGCGAGAUGAUGUGCUGAGAAGUAAUGCAUUUUGUUACUCCUUUAAGCCACUCCUGGUUGAAUGCCUGCCCACAAUGUCAGUCAAAGGGGGUGGAGGGUUAACUAUAACCCACCAUGGCGGUCAAUGCGGGUUGUUGAAGGUGGGCCGAGGUGGGUGGAGGGGGGGUGAUGACGGUACGAGUUCAGCUGUCGCCCGCCUUUGAUAGGCAUGGCAGGGAAUUGGAAUUGUGUCACUGGGUAUAGAGCACACGGUGAGAUAACCACUCUGCCACCAAUCCCAUGAUAACAAGUGUUGGGUGAUAUCUCUCUUGGUGGGCCGAGGCCAACGGUUAAAAUUAUACUUUUAAUUAUUUGCUCCGCUCGAGAUUAUAUAAAUUGUCACAGUUGGCUUAAAGGAAAUUAAAAACAAUUGUGAAUGUGGCACCUGUAGUGGAAGCAGGAGUCACGUGCACCAAUACAAUUGUAUACAAAUCAAAAAUAUUAAAUUCCUACAUGCAAGGUGUGAUGUAUACAUCACGACCACAAAACAUUUUACCGCACAGUUGGGGCUGUACAUCUCCGCUGUGUUUUCGGGUUGUCCCGCAUGUUUUCCACAAUGUCCUAACGUUUUAGCUGGGAGCUUUUGGAGGUACUAAAUUCAGGAAUGGUGAAUCUCGAAAACACAUCGGAGAUAAAAAAAAGAGUAUACAUUUCUGAAACCAAGAAUAUCAACAGGAGUCAGCAGGUCAAUGGGCAAAAAGCGGAAGUGAAGCUGUUCUUAUGCACCCUUCUGCUUCGUAUAGAUUAAUAACAACAGAUUAAAGAUGGCAUUUUACAUUUGUUAUCCACUCAAUUGUCUGUUCAGUAGCAGAGUGGAUCUCGUCCAUGCCUCCGUUAAAGGAGUGAAGACAGCAGAAGCGGCGGAGGGUUUACAAUGUGGUCGGUGGUUUGGGAUUCGUGGCCACACUCGCAGCACGCCACAUCUUUGAUGGCGUCAUGUGCACAGUGAAACAGGCCAUGGGGAGCAUCUCUUUGGUUUUCCAGCUCCGAGAGGAGCCACGCUCCGCGGAGGACCUCGCAAGGGCUUAAACACCGGGCCAUAUUACAUUCCGAAUACAGGGACUCCUCUACUUACGAACGAGUUAGGUUCCAGAGGUCUGUUCGUGAAGUCGAUUUGUUCGGAAAUCCAACUUUACACCUAUCGAUUCCAAACGUGUUGUAGCAUGGACACGGGGAAUGGCUUUAAAAGUUGUAUAAUCUCCUGCGGAUGCCACUGAUUCUUCACGUUCUGCAGAUGUAAAUGCCACCCACCGCCAUCUAUUGCGCGGCGGUAACGUACGACUCUCGGUCUGAACAGGCAAUUGGACGUACGUACAGGUUUUCUUUGAAAGUUCGUAAGUCGAAUGUUCGUAAGUAGAGGAGUCCGUGUCCUGGAUAAACAUCACUGGUGGCAGGAUACGAGAAGGACACCUCAAGUGGAAACAUCCUGAUUGCUCUUUAUUGAACGAUAAGCCAACCACCGAUGACAUUCCAUCAGACGGCGUUCAUCAAUUGGCAGUACUCUACCUGUCCCUGCGCGUUAACCCUGUUUGGGAUUUGAACUAAUAAAUUCAAGAACAAGUAUUCUGUUCAUAACCCCUUUUUCAAAGCUUUAUAUGUUAUGGGGUUUAAGUUUGGAAUCUGAGUGUCUGUUAUUGGUUGCAAAACUGGCCUACAUGUUAUGCUAUGCCCAUACCAUCAUUCGUUUUAAUGUUAAGAGCACCAUAUUUUAUUUUAAAAUAAUUAAAAUCAAGCAAACCUCCAGUGCCAUUUGAACAUAAUGAAAAUAUAUUUAUAUGCGGACCAAGAUUACAUAGACUUACGAGAAUAACGGUCAGAUUUUGUUGAUGCGUCGUUACUUCGAAGCAGUGGGCAGUGUUUUGCGUACACGUGACUGAUUAAUCCUGCACGCAAACGCGUUUUGUUUGCAGUACCGGCCCCGGCAGCUGCAACAGCUGUCACCAGUUCAACAUUCAAGUACUGCUCACCUUCCCUGAACCUUCUUACACUUCCUGUGCAGAGCUGCGGGGACGACGGGGAACAAAACGGCACCUUUGUUGCGAAGUUCUACAUUUCAGGUUCAGCCUCGACGUGCAUCAGCUGCGACGACUGCGGCACAUUUUUCUCUCCGGCGGCGUUUGCCACUCACUGGCAUGACAAACAGGGAAGGUCCCUUGCGACCAAAGCGGUGCCCUGAAACUCGCAACCGAUAACCCCACCACGGAGCAACGGCAAAUGUGGCUACGUUUCCAGCUUCAGAGGAAACGUCCGACCUCGUGCUCCCCCAUCGGAGGACUUCCCGCAGAAGGAUUUCUUCCCAUGAAAUGCAUGUCGAUGGAUUUGUCGGGGGAUGCCGUGGAGGGCUCGCCUUGCAAGGUCUCGCGGCCCUGCUCGCCGCCUGUCAGCAGCCAAGGAAGCGUACGUGACACGGCGCUGGAGAGGAGCCAGGGUCCGUUGGGUACCCAUGUUGUUCGCAAUCGAUCAAUCAGAAAUAAAUUAUUGUGCGACUUUGGAUUAGAGGUGGUUAAACACCAUCUCUUGGAAGAAAGAAAACCUGAACCGGUCACCGAUUCACCUUCAGGUUCAUUUACAGCUGAUAGCAAAUCUAACGAAGAGGCCAAUUGCGCAGAAAAAAGCAAUUCUCGUGAAGAAUUUGGUUCAAGUUGGAAGGAGGACGCGAGGGACGAGAUGACUGCAGUAAUUUCAGAUUUGCCAUUACCUGACAGUGACAGUAAGGACUGGAUGUGUCCCAGCAAAAGUGCAAUGUUGCCAAGAAGAUGUGCGAGCACUGGAAACAUUGCCGCUAUUUACCCUACAGAAAAUCAUGGGAACGCUAUAUUUGUGGACACUGAAUUUUCACACCUUGGUAAGCAACCGCACCCCAAGUGUAAUUCUAGCUUCAGCUCCAAGCUUGCAGCCAGCUCCAGGCCCUGUUUGGUUAAGAGUGCCAACACUGUGGUCAAAGGUGGCAUUCAACUUCACAGGAAUGGGUCAGCAGAGUGCUCCGUCAAUGCGGACACUUAUCGUGGAGAACUCGGCCAGGUGAACCGUGAAACUGGCGAGUCUAAACACGUCAUGGCAGGCGUCUCUCACUACACUGGAGAAAAAAACGUAGAAAUAUCCACUCCAGACGAACAUGUAAAUGAACACGAAGAGCAAAGUGCCACAGCCCAUACGGCCACUUCCUGUAAAGUGGGUCUGGGAGAAUUCAACACCACCAAUGCAACAGUGUUGUCCAGGACUCCAGGGAGGUGCCACACAGAGGGCGGUACAGAUGUCACGGACGAUCCCAUCAAUUUGCUGAAGGCUGCACAUACUCUGCUAGGAAUAGCAAUAACUCAGCUGCAGGAAGCCAAAGAAUGGAAAACUAUGUACGAGAAGGAACGGUGGCUGCGUAUUCAAGCGGAAAAGAAGAGUGAGAUAAAGGUGACUGAAGAUGUAUACACUGCCCAUGAAAACCAUAAACAAAUCCAUUAAUAAACACACUACACCUGUGUCGGUAACCCUUAUUUUCUCUGCCAUGCAACCAGGGGCGGAGCCUCGGGGGUGGGCUUAGCCCCCCCCCCUGAAAUUUUGGGAAAGUCGGUAAUCGGGAGAACCGGGUAUCCGGCUGCUGCAAAAUGCUGC